AUGAACAGCAUCAGGGAGGCUUGCACCAACAUGAAGCACGAGCACAACCAGUGCUUCAAUGUCUAGUUUGCCAAAAAGUUCCUCAAGGGAGAUGGCUCUGAGGACCCAUAUGAUGACCUCUUCAAGAGCUACCAGCAGUGCAUCCAGAAAUCAGUAAAAGAGAAAGAGAUUCCUAUUGAAAGACUGGAGUUCAUGGGCCAUGGCAAAGAAAAGCCUGAAAACUCUUCUUGA